AAGACGCUGAUGCCGAUUAGACUUACGGAUCGGGCGUCUGGGAGGAUUCAUCCUUCAUUUAGCUGAUUGAGGAUGGUUUGAACGUCGGGAGAAGCGCAUUCUAUACCAUGGAAAGCAUAUAGCAGGUAGCAAAUUAGUAUUCUUGAACUAUAUACCUACUCAGACAAGGCAUUUCUCUCCGUUAAUAUAAAUAUCAAAACCUAUAUUACUCCGCGCCAAUCACACAGAGUCCAUCUUGUCAAUUAUUUUAGAUAUAUUAAAGAGUGGAGCGCCGUCAGCCCUGAAUCUGGGUGUCGUUCAUUUAACCGAAAUGAUGGCUUGGCAGCGUUUUGGCUAUUGAUAAACUGGAUGUACCCAGUCUCAGGAUCAAGAUUAUUAUUCCUGCAGAGAUGACGGCAUUCACGGUCGUCAAUGGCCAGAUCUAUACCCCAGGCUUGGCUAUUGUUGAUGCACCGCAACCAUCAACCCCACUAGGAGGAGGCACUCUCCACGUCGCCCUCGAUGUGUCAGGAAAUGGCCAGCUUUCACUCUCUCCAUCUGACGAUGCGCCGACGCGUUUCCACGAAAUAACCCUCUUCCUCACCUCCUCUGAGAAGGAAAAGAACCUGACAAUAUCAAACGGCACAUCCAUCGACUCGGACGAUAAAAAGUCGCCAUAUGUCGGGCCCAUCCUUGACCUUGAACCUUCAUCAACAGUGAAACACGUCAAUUGGAUUUGGCCCGAUUGCUUUGUGGGCGAAGGGGAUGGAGAUGGAGACUCCGACUCAGCGAGGGGAAACUAUAAUAUCUCGAUGCACCAGGGGUUUCGCUGGAAUGGGACAGACUAUUACACAGUUUUUGAUUUGCCGAUUUCAGUGUCGAAUGGGAUUGAGGAAAGCGAUGACAGGGUUGAUUGUGCGUUGUUGGAGAAUCAGUAUGAGCCCGGGGUCAUGGCCGCAAGUAAUCAGUCGAUUCCAGAGCAGCCGUGGGUUGGGGAAGGGGCCGAAACUGUUGUAAUUGACGAUGAAAGUGGUGCGCAGAGAGUGAAGAGUGUGAAGGGGCUGUGGUGGGUUGUAGCUGGGUUGGUGCUCUGUACAUAUCUAUAAUUCACUUAUUGGUUCCGCUUAUCCGCUUCUCCCCGCACUUUUCCCCAUCACUCCUUCACACCAGCCAGCUAUAUCUCAUUUGGGUGACGGAAAUGAAAUUUAUGGUCAUCGCUCAACC